AACAUAAUAAGAUAAUGAAGUUCCGUGACUCUGAGUGAAACUAUCUUCUCCCUCCGGUCCAAUGAUGACGUAAGCGCUAGUCUAUUUAAGCUCCUCCCUUGUUUCCUUUUCCAUGCCAUUGCUCCUACUUUGCUACUCGCUUCACCUGGAGCCAGACAGCACCCAUUUCAUUUUCUCUCUCUCUCAUGGCUGACCAGAAAACUGAGAAAAAUGCCGUCGCCGGCGAUAUUCCCGCCUCUUUCGAGUGUCAUCCGGCGAAGAAACCAAGAAGGAACAAGUUUGCUUUUGCUUGUGCCAUUUUAGCCUCCAUGACUUCCAUCCUGCUCGGCUAUGAUAUUGGAGUGAUGAGUGGAGCAGCUCUAUAUAUAAAAAAGGACCUUAAAAUCAGCGACGUUCAGAUUGAAGUAGUUUCCGGCAUCAUCAAUCUGUACUCUCUCAUCGGCUCAGCCGCCGCCGGCCGCACCUCCGACUGGAUCGGCCGCCGCUACACCAUUGUCUUAGCAGGCGGCAUCUUCUUCGUGGGAGCUCUCCUCAUGGGCUUCGCCACCAACUAUGCUUUUCUCAUGGUCGGCCGAUUCGUCGCCGGCAUCGGCGUCGGUUACGCGCUCAUGAUAGCUCCCGUUUACACUGCCGAGAUCGCUCCGGCCUCUUCCCGCGGAUUCCUCACCUCAUUUCCUGAGGUGUUCAUCAAUACAGGGGUACUAUUGGGUUACGUUUCAAACUACGCUUUCUCUAAGCUUCCUCUUCAUCUGGGCUGGCGAUUCAUGCUCGGAAUUGGCGCGAUUCCGUCGGUGUUGCUCGCCGUCGGCGUACUCACGAUGCCCGAGUCGCCGCGUUGGCUGGUCAUGCAGGGUCGACUCGGUGACGCCACGCGAGUUCUAGACAAAAUCUCAGAUUCCGUGGAGGAAGCCAAGCUCCGACUCGCCGACAUCAAGGAAGCCGCCAGAAUACCGGAGACCUCUACGGGCGACGUAGUACCGGUGCCCAAACGCAGCCACGGCGAGGGCGUGUGGCGAGAGAUGUUCCUCCACCCCACGCCAGCCGUCCGGCGCGUCCUGAUCGCCGUCAUCGGCAUUCACUUCUUCCAGCAGUCGUCGGGCAUAGACGCCGUCGUUUUAUACAGCCCAAGAAUCUUCGAGAAGGCCGGGAUCACGAAGGACAACGAGAAGCUACUCGCGACGGUGGCCGUCGGAUUCGCCAAGGCGUCGUUCAUCCUGGUGGCGACGUUUUUGCUGGACAGGAUCGGACGGCGGCCGUUGCUUCUAACGAGCGUAGGUGGCAUGAUCACGUCCCUCACUUUACUGGGGAUUGGGUUGACUGUUAUUGAGCACACGCAGGAGAAGCUAAUGUGGGCCAUAGCGCUCUGUAUCACCACAGUUUUGUCCUUCGUGGCAUUUUUCUCGAUGGGGUUGGGGCCCAUCGCGUGGGUCUACACCUCUGAGAUACUGCCGUUGAGGCUACGCGCUCAGGGCGCGGGUAUUGGUGUGGCGGUGAACAGGGUAGCGAGCGGAGUCAUUUCCAUGACCUUUAUUUCGCUCUACAAGGCCGUCACGAUCGGCGGUGCGUUUCUCAUGUUUGCCGGGAUCGCGACGGCGGCGUGGCUGUUUUUCUUCACUUUCUUGCCGGAGACGCAGGGGAGGACGCUGGAAGAUAUGGAGACCCUUUUUAAUAAUUUCAGGUGGAUGGAUAGGUACGGGAGCGGCGAGAGGAAGGAAGAAAGCACUCAAAGCAGUAGUGGGGGUGGUAACGCCGGUGGGGUUCAGUUGGUACGAACGGCUACUCUUACUUAGGGGUAUUCUGGGAAAUAUGACUUUUCAAAAAGGUUUUUAUGUAAUUUGUAGAAAUUAAGCCCUUAUCCAUGUGAAUUAUUUCCUUUAUGUGGAUUUUUCAUCUACUUAAAAUAUUACCUUAGAAAAAAAAAAAGUAUCAUUAAAUACAGUAAAUUUUUUUUUUUUGAGAA